CCGCGCCAUUAGUUAGUGAGUAGACAUCAGCGCGUAAACAUCUCGGAAAUAAAUAACUAGAGUGUGUGAAAGUGUCGUGUGCGUAUGUGUGUGUGGGCCAAGCAGCCGGAAACACAAAUCGUUUCAUUCAUUAAUUGACGCAACAGUGUGAUAAUGUAUUGUUUGUCGUGGGAUUAAUUUCCAUCGUGGAUAUCAGGGUUGUAUUGGACGAGGCAUGUCAAAGGGGCCACUUAGGAGGCAACCCUUUCGACAGCGACGGCGUCGGCUGGACCAAGAAUCACUAUUCUCCGGCGACGACACCUUGGCCCCACCACGCUCUUCGACAAUCUAGAUACAGUGAUGAUGGCAUUAUGGACCAGGACGUAGAUGGUGAUGGUGCCAUCAACUUGUCCACGUCACAACGACCAUCCGCAGCCACGACGCCCAACGAUGGCAUCCAACCCGAAGACGUCGAACAACAGGCUGCCUCCCUAGAGAAGGUGCUCAAGGAACAGCAGCAGCAGCAACAGCAGUUGAAGCUGGAGCGUGCCUGGGACCAGGAGGACCGUGAUGCGAAUGGAAAUGGCAGCACUAGCCCCGGCUCUGACGCCGCCGCCCGGCAUCAUGACCACUCGCCACCGCCGGCGGCACUCACCUCUGACGCGCAGAAAGCUCUUAAUGCGGCGAUACCCGUCUCACAAGCUCAAGUAGGCAGUCAUCCACCGAUGAUGUCUUCGCCCGUCUCCGGCUUGCAUCACAUGCAACAGCUGCUGCAACAGCAUGUGCUCAAUCCGUCGCAACUGCAGAACCUCAUGAAGCAGCAUUCUCUCCUGCAGCAGCAACAGCAUCAGCAUCAGUUGGCCGAGAUCGGUAAGAAACAGAUGGAGCAGACCAUUCAGCAGCUUCAAGAGCAGCUGCAGCUGAAUCUCAUCCAGCAGACGCACAUCCUCCAAAGCGGGGACAAGAAAAAGGCCCCUGGGUCACUACAGCAGCUUAGCAUUCAACAACAGCAGUUGAUUCAACAGUUGCAGUUGAUCCAACGGCAAUACGUGGUGCAUCAGGGUAUGGGUAUGCAGCCAUUAAUGUUGCCACAACCCACAGGUUUAGGUUCUCGAGACGUGAUGAGUCCUUGGAAGGAGUCCAACCCCGACCGAGAUCAUCCCAACAAUAACACUCCCAAUGAAUUGAAUGGUUUAUUGGGUGCGUUGACACCUGGUCGGACGAGUCGGGAAGAUUCGAUUGUAGAUGACAAACCGGACGCUGCGUCAAAUAGCACCCCCGACCGUGUUCAUCAUUUGUACGGGCAUGGCGUGUGCAAAUGGGCAGGGUGCGAGGCCAUCUGCGAUGACUUACCGACUUUCAUGAAGCAUCUCAACACCGAACACACACUGGAUGAUCGGUCGACAGCGCAAGCAAGGGUGCAAAUGCAGGUGGUGUCGCAACUGGAACUGCAACUGCAGAAGGAACGCGACCGCUUGCAGGCGAUGAUGCAUCAUUUGCAUCUCGCCAAGCAGAUGGGUACACCCGAACCCAAUCUCCACGGUGAUCUCACUAGUGGCGGCGGCGGUACGACUCCAUCGUCCAAGUUGCCCAGUGGGUCGUCGGUGUCUCAACCUCCUGUCUCGUUGAGCAGUCUCGUCACUGCCGCCCGCUUCCCGGUGCUCCAACAGAAUCAGACGAAUGUCGCCGGUCCCAUCCGACGGCGAAUAAGCGACAAAUCCGCUCUCUCCCUCGCCGGCGGAUUACCGUACAUGCUGGAGCGCGCCGGACUCGACGUGCAGCAAGAAAUCCAACGGAAUAGAGAAUUCUAUAAGAACGCUGACAUACGGCCGCCAUUCACAUACGCGUCGCUCAUUAGACAGUCAAUAAUCGAGUCGCCCGACAAACAGUUGACGCUCAACGAGAUCUACAACUGGUUCCAGAACACCUUCUGUUACUUCAGACGCAACGCUGCGACGUGGAAGAACGCGAUACGCACGAAUCUCUCGCUCCACAAGUGCUUUGUGCGCUACGAGGACGACUUCGGCUCCUUCUGGAUGGUCGACGACGCCGAAUUCGUCAAGCGCCGCCACCUGUCGCGUGGUCGCCCGCGGAAAUAUGACCCAACCCCAUCACCCACUCCACCCCACUGCGCACAGGGCGCGUCGAAAAGUCCGGCGAUGAAACACAGUCCUCCAAUGUACGGCGAAUCAUUACCGUCGAAUUUGCAGUAUUCACAGGCUCCCUUACUGGAGGAAAGUCUAGCCUUCACCUCCGGAGCAGGUAACAUGGAACGACAGCGCGAAUGUUCCGAAUCGCCAAACCACGAUCUUAUACGGUCUCCAAUGAAUGGCAGUCUGCACAUCAAGCAGGAGAGCCUAAUGACGCCCGAGCAUCCCCAUCACCCGCAUCUGGGACAACCCCAGCAGCACCACCAUGGGUCAGAGGCGUCGCAUCACAUCAUCAAGCGUGAGAUGCACCACGACUACGACAACGUCGACCAGGACGCGCACACGGACGGCGGCAUGGCCGAGGAUCUCACUGUGGGGCAGGACCAUGCCGGCGGCGGCGACACGUAGUGCCCGCUGCGUUCGCGCCACUUCAGUUACUUCUGAACGUGGCCGCCAGCUCAACCCUUACAACGAGCAAACAACACUGGAAAGUAGCCGCCAUAUCUGAACUCGUCUUGCAGUUCGCUGUGACAAGACACUCUGUACAUACUACAUAACUGUGUGUAAAUAGUUAAAAUGUUACUACGGAUGAUGGAAGUGUGUUUACGUAUUGUUAAUUGUUUAGACCUUAAACCGCGUGGGGGCGGCGCGAGAGAUUGUUCGAAUCGGUAUGAUGUAUUCAGAAAAUAGGCGAGAUUUUUUAGUUGUGCUAGUUAAGCAGCAGGAACAUGCCAUACAAUUACACACAAUACUAUAUUACAUUACAGGGUUAUUUAUUGAACGUGAUGCAUUUAUUAUGUAAUUGUUUCGUCGUCAUCACUAUUUGUAUUUAGGAGGAAACAGUACGCAAAAAAUGUCUGUAAACCAAGUAUUAACGCGGCUACACGUUGAUGAAUAAGCAAUACAAACAUUUGUGAACUGAUUGGAAACAACAAUGACGCGUGGGUUGAACAUCGGCAGUAAGUUAUUCCAUAUCACUAUCUAAAAAUGAAGUAAAGUAAAAAUCGUAUAUCAAUGUAUAAACUAAAUUAAAAUAGCGUAUAGAUAAAGUAAUACAGAAAUAAUUACAUGAAACGAUAAUGAAUAGGUUUUCGUAUACAACCCAUUAUACAUAAAGAAACGCAUACAUAUAUUCAUUAAUACAUAGGUAGCCAUCUUGUUCAUCCUCAUCUCGGCACGCGCGGCGCUCGUAAUUUAUUUCAACGCAUUUCUAGAGUAAUUUAUAGGAUACGAUUUGUUUGACAGUAUCAAAUACUAACAACCGACUGGUAUCGCUGUAACGGUGAACACGACAUUAUUAACAAUUAACUACCCGCCAUUCAUAUCUCAUUGUUGCCAAAAAAUGAAAAAUAACGAGAAGAAAAUAACUACAUUCGCAUACAUGUGAUAGUACUUUAGUUCGGAACAAUUUAUCUAAUUACUUAGGAAUCAUAGCUAGUUAAUAAGCGUGGUAUUCGCAUAUCGCAUGGACGAAGACAAGAUGGCGGACUGUCAUGCGACAUACUCACCGUGCAUAAUAUAUUUACGUUCGCAUUUACAUCAGAGUGACGCAAUUGUAAGCGCAAGAGAGGGACGAAGCCUACAUAUCAAAUAUUGCACGGGGCGGAUGGAGUCAUUUACGACAUCGAAGAUUACGAUGAAGAUGUACUGUAAACUUUCUUGUAUAUCAAAUAUCCUCUCAUUUGUUUAACUAAUAAAAUUAUUAUUACUAUAAAUAAAGCAAUAACAAAAA